AGGUACAAGAGCUAAAAGACAAAAUGCAAAGCUCUGGUAUGCCAUGGCCUGGGGAUGAAGGUUUGGGCUUCAAAACAGAACGAGAGAGCGUACUUUAGUACAAGAAAAGUGAAGCUAGAUCAUGACCUCUUAUGCAUGGCUGUCCUGGUUCAGGAAAUAAUAAAUGCUGACUAUGCAUUUAUUAUUCAUACCACAAAUCCAUCUUCAGGAGAUCCAUCAGAGAUAUACGCCGAGGUUGUAAAGGGACUUGGGGAGACUUUGGUCGGAGCUUAUCUAGGUCGGGCUUUAAGUUUCAUUUCCAAGAAAGACAAGCUCGACUCUCCUAAGAAAGGCCCAGAGGAUUCAGAGGCGGUGAAGCUAAAACCAACAUUUGCUGAUGCGUAUUUGAAUUUGGGGAAUGUAUACAAGGCUUUGGUAAUGGCUGCUGAAGCCAUCGUCUGUUAUCAGCGAGCUCUUCAAUCCAAACCAGAUUAUGCUAUGGCUUAUGAUGAUGAUGAUGAUGUAGAACCCGCAGUAGUUCCUACUAAAAUCAAGAAAGGAUCUGCUACUGCUAUGAUGAUGAUGAUUGUUCUACAGUUGUUUGCAGUGUCAUUGUUUCAACUUCGUGUAAAAUUGGGACUUUUAAUGUAUAAGUGA